AAAAAAAAUGAAACUUCACAACGUCAAAUCUGAAAAAAUGUACGGCAGAUAAAUUGUUAUCGAAAAAGGAUAUAUAAAAAAUCCUUGGUACUAAACAUCAAAAAGGUUAUUUAAAAAAUCAUUUGCAAGAAGAAAGAAGAGUAUCCGAAUACGGAUAAAAUGUAAUAAAAAUUUCGGAGUAAUAUAUUACCUUCAAUAGUUUAACCAGUUUUGAAAGUAAAGUAUAAAAAAAGAGCAAACAAAAAACUAGUUGUAUUUUUCCGCAAAUAUACAAGCAUGUAUGUAUGUAACUAAUUUGAUGGCCACAUGGUAAAUACAGAUAGAGUUCAGAGAAGAUCGAGCUAUUAAUAUCUCACAAAACAGUUCAACACAAAACUACCGUUGUUUUCAUUUACUUGUCACACGUUCUUGGAUGCGUGUGUGCCUUUCUAUGCAGAUAAACCAGUUAAAGCUAAAACAUGUUUUACUUAUUUAUUUUUCUUUUUUGCUUUGGACGCAAUAACAAAUUGACCGCACAGAGAUAGAUAGAUAUCAGUAAAUAAAAAACCAGUAAGUAAAAAAGUACGUCUCCACUUCAGUAUUAAUGGUUGCUAUAUCUUUAAAAUCAAUCACAAACGUUGUAAAUUUCAUUUAUUCGGGAGAAACCAAAAGCAACGAAAAACCAUUCGGCGAUAAAUGAUUUAAAGCCAGUUUUCAUUACACAUCGAUUUCAAAAACCAAGCAUUCAUUCAAGCACACAUUGAUAUCAGCGUUCUCAUAUGUGUGUAUGUGUAUAUUUAUGUAUAAAUAUAAAUAUACAUAUAUAUAUGGUUUAUUCUUUCUUCCACACAAAGUCGAAAUCGAUACUUGUUGCACAGAAAACACACACAUAAAAAAUUUUGAAAGGGCUCUCAAACGUACAAACUAUUUAAUAUGAAGCAAAUGUUUCUCCGCUCUUUACAAACAUUUUGCGUAAAACCUUUUCUUGCGUUAAAACGUAAUCUUAUGUGAAAGUACGGAAACGUGAAUGAGAGAAAGAAGGAAAGAGCGAGAGCGUAACAAUACCAUUUAAAACGAUUAUUCUUAUCGUUCACUGUGUACAUGCGGAGCAGAUAAAAAUGCAUGAGCUCUUCACCAAAGUACUCUCAAAACGUGAUUUGUCUCGUGCAGGUGACUUAUUUUCGGUACCCGAUAAUGAGAUCGUAAACGAUAUCAUUGAUGUGAUAACUGAAAUCAACUCAAUCAUCUCACAAUCCGAUUAUUUGAAGAACAAUAAUGAUCAAUCUGUGGUGGAGAUCUGUAUUACUCGCGUUCUAUCAUGUAUACGCGAGACGCGUACAACCGAGCGUUAUUGUUCAGGUUUGAUUGAGUUAUUGAAAACAUGUCUCUUACAGAAUCUUCAACCGAAUACGACGACAAAAGAAGAUCCACCACAUGCUAAAAUAGCUGCUGACAUUAUAUCCAGUAUAUUUUUGAACUAUGAUAAGAGGGAAGUUAUGAAAUUAGCUUUACCUAUAGCAGUGCAAUUUUUACCUAAAGGAAAUCGUGAACUUUCACGAAAUUUGGCUAGUUAUCUGUCACUAGCCGCUAUUGACUACGCUUAUCUGCUUAGCCCGCAUGUAGACUCCAUUAUGAAUUCAAUACUUGCCGGUAAUUAUGGCCUGUUACGUGUACUUGCACAAAUAUACGAAGUCUCGCCGGAAACUGUGUCCCCGCAGGCCCCUCAAUUGGUAGCUUUGCUACCCGAGUGUGAUUCUCAAGAAAGACUUGCCGUAUUCCAAUUGUAUUUGUUAAUUGCUCAAAGAACUCCGCUAGUUUUAGAAUGUUGUAUCGCACUUCUUUGUGAGCUCUUAUACGAUAAUGAAACUGCUGGCACCACAAUGCAAAUUCUUUUGAAGUUAGCUGAACAGCGUCCACUGUUAGUAGCCGAGCAUUUUGAUAAAAUACGUUCAGCUACCAAAACUAAUCCAGCUACCAUAACACUAGGAGCUCAAAUAAUGGCUACCGCUGGUCGCAACUCGAAGAAAAAUGCUCAAUAUGCCUUGGACUUCGUUUUAGAACAGUUACCGAUGGCCGAUCGUAAUUCGCAGGCAAUCUUAUUGCAAGAAGCUACUAAAUUAUGUUCAUCAUUUCCCGCUUUAUUUACUGACAAAGUAUUAGCUUGCGUACGUCAAAAAAAUAUUUCAAGUCAACAAAAACUAUCAUCUUCGGAGACAAGUGUGGAUGUAGGUAAUAAAAUAUCUGGCGGUGUUACUAUAGUCAACUUGAAUAGUCCAUCAGAUCAGCAUCAAACGCCAGUGAUUUCAUCCCAAAAAGUGCCAAAUAGUGUUGGUGGUGGCUUGGUAACAACAAUAGUCAAUGCCACAGCACUGCAAGGUUUACUAACAACAACAUCACAUCAUUCCACUAUUAUAAACGCUGAUCCGAUGACUAGCACUACCACAGUAUCUGUAGCAACGCCGCCCAACAGCCGUAUACAUAAAAGUAAGCAGAGUCGUAGUAGUCCCAGCAGCCCGAGAGAUGUGUAUCGGAAGACCAUCACUACGGGUAAUAUUAAAAUACCUACAAAUAACAAUACCGUCGCCACCGCCAAUAAUGCGAGCGCUGCAUACCCUACAGUCGGUACUGUUGUGCCACCUACGCCUCCUCACACAAGUUAUACAAGACGAGUAAAGUUGGGCGAUUCCCGUAGUACCGGUCGCUUACAUCCCUCUGGUAAUACGCAUCGGAGUAUGACCCGUUUAAAUGUAGCCGGAGGUUCAGUAGGAGGACUGCAUAAAAGUAUGACUCGUCUUAGUUCAUCACAACAGAUCAGUCAGAAUGGCUUACUCUCGGGUUCAGGUUCAAAUACUGCCAACAACUCCAACUCCAGUAGCAAUGUCGUAGUGCAAACAGGCGCUGUGCCGAAAACUACUACGAGCUCUAAUAACCCGGGUUAUGUAACACCCGUACCGCCUCUUAGUAAUAAUGUUAUAAUAACAGGACACAAUAAAUGGGGUAUACCUUCAACCCAAGUGACUUCAGGAGGAGUGACGGUGACGACUUCGCCCACAAAGAUUAGACCUCAAUCACAGGGUCCAACUAUGCUCUUAAAUUCAAGCAAUGCUCUUCUCAAAUACAGUACAGAUGCAUUGAAUCAAUCAAUAGGUUCGAUAACAGCACCAACUAUCACUAAUGCGGUAUCAGUACAUCAUGCUUCACCGGCUUUGCUACAUCAAAAUAAUGGCAAUCAGAAGUCUGUGAUGCAGUUGCCAGUGAACGGAAAUAGCGAUCACGAAGUCAUUGUGUCUGGUCCUACUACAAAUGUGACACCACGCCGAAAUGAUAAUACCAGUCGCACGCUUCUAAAUGCCAACAACAGUAUAUUGGAACAGCGUAUGAGUACCUUCGAACCAUAUCAAAUAAUGCGUGAUCCAGUGCAACAGUUUUGUGAGAAACAUUUCGUUUCUAUACGUUCUUAUAUGGACGACGUGUCGAAAAUGUUGCCGCCACCCACCCGAUGCAGUAUAGAAGGUAGGUUGGAAGAAGUUUCCAAUGAAUUUGCAGAGCGACGUUCCAAGAAAGUGGCUAAACUGCAUUUCGCAUGUCAGAUACGCGGUCCUCACUGCAUAUAUUCGAAAACAUGUUUUACUAUGCGUACCCGCAAUCCCAAAACCUGGAUUCAUUUAAUGUUUUUGGAUUUUCAAGUGAGACAUUAUGUUAAAGAGAAAUGUGUAUUGAGUACCCGUGAACCGGGUAUUAGCAAUCUAAAAAACAUUUGGCAAAUACUUAAAUGUGAAAAUCGUAGUUUUACAGAGCUGGUUACGAGUCAGUUUCCAAAUAUGAAAUUUGAUUUUUUCGGAAAGGAUCGUGAGAUAUUGGUUAAUGAAUUGAGGCAUUCGGGAUUUCUGGAUGUUUUUGAGGUCUCCAAGACUAAUAAAAAAAACCCAAAUUGCAAUGAAUUAGAAUAUCAAUGGGGUUGCUUUCUGUGCAAUCAUCCGGAUAAAGCGGCAGGUUUCUUAAAUGGCAGCAACCAGCCUAUGAUUGAGGGGCAACUCAAGGAGAAAAAAGGCAAAUGGCGUUUAUUUCGACGUUGGCGCACACGCUAUUUCACUUUAUCAGGAGCACAUUUGUCUUGUAAAGGAUCGAGUGGCGGCGAAAGUAUCGACAUUAAUCAAAUACGUUCAGUUAAGGUGUCACGAGGUGCCCGAAAUAUACCGAAAGCCUUUGAAAUUUUCACUGCCGAUCAGACAUUAAUACUCAAACCAAAAGAUGGAAAAAAUGCCGAAGAAUGGGUGCAAUGUCUUAGCAUUGUUGUCGCUCAUUCCCAGGCUCGUGACAAUCCGACCACAAAAACCAAUAGUCUACCGGCUCGUAGCAUGAGUAAACCCUCUUUUUGAAAUUUUGUUAUUUAACAAUAUUUAAUAUUAUAAUAAUGAUUUUAUGCUUAAAAUAGUAUAUAACGACAUUUCAUAUCAUAUCGACGCUUUCAUUUACAGUCUUCGCUGCAAACCUUUAAGAAUAUUGCUUAAGUCUUUUUUCAUUUGAUAAUCAUGUUAAAGAUUUGUUUCGAUCACAUAUUAAAUUCAAUAUGUCAUCUAAUAAGUUUUACUAAAAGUUAGUUACAAUGGCAAUUCAAUUGUAAUUUGAGUUUUAUAAAACUGACAUAAUAUGUACUUAAAGAUAUUAUAAUUCAAUUCAGAUAUUUUUGUUGUUUUCUUUUUUCCUGUUUUUAAGUUUAUAACAAUAUUUUUUAAAAAUAAUUAUUUUAUGCAAAGCUUUGAAUAUAAGAACUAGCAAAGAGAAAAGACAUACAUUUUAUACGUUAUACUUUAAUUAAAACGCAGUUGAUAC